AUGGAUAUAGCAAGUCUUCCAUCCUCGUAUGCUGGUCUCAAGCUGGAUGGUGAACAGCUGCAUGAAGAUGCUCGGUACGGUGCUUUGCCAUUUGACUGCUUCGCGCUGUCAAACUGGGAUUUUUCAAGGCCUUUGCCCAAAGAUAAAGAGCAAUGGCAUGAUCUCGUUCUGAAGUGGCUGGCGUUCACUGCACUCGAACGUCGUCCAUACCAUAUCUUGGGCCACGAGGCCUGGAAAACACCAGCACCAACUCAAGAAGUCAUAGACCGAGUUUUAGCUCCCUUUCAAACAACAAAUGAACGGAAUGCCGCUUUACGAGCAUUGUGUGGUCGCUGGUCGCCCAUGUGGCUCCGUACAUGUUACGAUCCCGAACUUUGUAAAGAUUAUAAGGUACCACCUGUACAUUUUCUGACACCAGCCCAUAUACUCGACGAUGAGGGCUUAUACGGCGGAUUAGAGAGUGAUUGGACUCAGAUAUACUUUCGAGUACCGUCUAUUCCGGACUGUGUUCAAAUAGGCGAACCAGAGGUCGAAUCUGAUGGUGUUCGUGCCGAGGAGUUUGGUGAACCGGAGUUUGAAAACGAGCGGGAAGCUCACGAAGCCGGUAUCAGAGAAAGAACUUUUGUCUAUCUCAUAGACAGAGAAGCUCUUCGCGACAAAGUCAUCAAAUUGAUGUGGAUCGAUAUACAUGGAAAUUGUGUUUGGGACUUCAGCUUCCCAGAAGGAGAUUUCGAUGAUCUCCAAGGACCUCUUAAUCGACCCUAUUUUCUGACAGAAAUUAUUUCGCGCGGGGCAGUAUCAGAUCAGAGCUUUAAACGAGGUGCUCGUUUGAGUUUGACCUGA